AUGGAGGUGCAAAUCUCAGAAUAUGGACCUCAAACCACUGUGCUCCCCGAUUUGGAUAAUCUUACCCUGGUUGAUAUUGGGCCUGACCACUUCACCGUGUCCUGGAUGCAUCCCGUGGCCCAGUUUGACUAUUACUGGUUGGAAGUUUACAAAAGAGACGACGGAAGUGAUACUAUUACACCUCAACGCGUCGGAUCGUGCGCUAAUGGAACUAUCGUUCACCGUGAGCAAACUCAAAUCACCUGCGACAUGUUCAAGCCGUGCAGCAAUGUGACGAUCACACUGCACACGCAAGCAAAGGGCACCUCUGAAUUCGUGUCUACUGGAGCUACGCUCCAAGGAAUAUUCAUGCCUGGAAAAGGCAUUCCUGAAGUCGUGAAGCUCAAGCAGACAGCCAUCGCCAAGAAUUCUGUCACUCUGUCCUGGGAACGACCGAAGGGUUGCUUCAAUGACUACUUGGUUACAACCAGUGCAGAAAACACGGAACUCUCUAGCCAAGAGACCAGCGCUGGUACAUGUGGUAACGGAACCAUUGUUUCCGCAAACGAGACCAGUGUCACGUGUGACGGCAUCAGGGCGUCAAGUGUGAGCAUCAUGGUGCAGACACGCAGGUUGAAGUCGGACGGUCUUAUUUCGCAAGGCGUGACACUUCAAGGAAUCGCCAUGUCCAAACUGGUGCUGCCCGACGUAACGAACUUCAGCUUGAUAGAUGUCGGACCCGACUCUUUCACGGUAUCCUGGGCAAGGCCGUCCUCUUAUUUCGACUACUACUGGGUCGAGGUGUACGACAACAGCAACAGGACAGACAUCCCUACACCGCAUCGAGUUGGUUCAUGUGCAUACGGGAACAUAAUUCAUCGAGAUCAGAACCAAAUCACCUGCGACAAGUUCAAGGCAUGCGUUAACGCAAGCAUCACAGUACACGCACAAAGCAAGGGUCCCUCAGGUCUGACAUCCCCUGGGGCAACGCUCAGAGGUAUCUUCAUGCCAGGAAGAGGUCUUCCUGAGGUGAGGCAGCUGAAAUUGACAGAGAUGGACAAGGAUUCCAUAACUGUUUCCUGGCAACGACCGGAGGGCUGCUUUGAUGGCUACAUAGUAGAAGUCGCUGAAGAAAACGCUGGAAGCAGUGGUGUUGGAGGCCUCAGUGUGGGCUCCUGUGCGGGUGGAAUCAGUGUUGACGCUGAACACACUAGCAUCACGUGCAGGAAAAUAGAAGCUUGCAGCGUGAAAAUCACCGUACGGACGCAGAGAAAAGGACCACACGAGCUUACUUCAUCUGGUGUUUCCCUGCACGACAUCGUCAUGUACAAAAAAG